AUGAUCGCCGCUGCCGCGGCGGCAACAAGGACCAAUGGCAAGCAGGAGACAGGUCGACUGGCCGCAGAGGAGGACUUUGGGGACUUUCAGGAAAAAUCAAAUGACAUGGUGAACGGCUACUACGAUGAUCCCAACGUUCAAACCUUUGACGAGAUGAUGCAAAUGACAACCGAUUGCGUGGUGGAGCCCGUUCAGGUAUGUGCUGCGCCAGGACUUCGUCCUAUUGGGUCUUUGUUUGUGUGGGAUCUACUUCUUACUACAGCCAGCACACUGUCCAAAACUCGGUCGGGGACGACUGCUAAUGCAACUUUUUAUUGUUCUCGUGAGGCAUUUAUUAUUCCUGUUCUAGGAGUAUUGACCGACGCUCUGAAAUGCGUGUGUUACCAUUGUAUGGCUGGCCAACCGCAGCCAAUCUCAGGGCGUUUAUAA